AUGGCCAUGAACAAGGAAACUGCCACUGUUUUUGGCAUUACAGUAGAUGCCAAAUACAGCUAUUCUCCUGCCUUCAAGUUCUUUGUGGUCGGAAAUGCUGUUGUAAGUGCCUAUGUUCUGCUUUCUAUCCCUUUUGUUCUCAUCCUUUGCUCCAAAACCUCAAGUCCAAGCAGCUAUUUCUUCCUAUUUUUGUUUGAUCAGAUGUUGAAUUCCGGUAGAAUGGGGAUUGUUUCUUGUGUGGAUGGCAUGAUGAAUAGUCUGGAAGAUUGGAUCUCAUUUGUUGGUCAAUAG